GGGUGAUAAUCAAAGAGGCUGACUGUUAUCUGAGCGGUGCUUGAGAAGUAUUAUUAGAAGACAUUCUCCGGCCAUGGGCCCCGGUGAAGGGCAGAAAUUGAGUCAACUCAAGCAAUUUUUGGGCUAGGCAAGAGAGUAGCCCCCCUUUCACCUUCCCCUUGGACCACUUUCGACCAGGCCAUCAUGUCGAACGAAAAGCAACACCAACAAGAAGAGGUGCAGAUCGUAUCUCAACCGCGAUUGCCAGCUCCCCUGGACCCUGUCCCUGCAAGCGCCCAGGAGAAUAGCCCAGUAGCCGAGAUCCGACCGCACACCUCUGCGUACACCGUCCUGUCGCCACAGCGCCAACGCCUUAUUCUCACCUUGGUCACUAUUGCAGGGUUCCUCGGGCCUUUUGCGGGCAACAUCUAUCUCCCGGCCUUACCGGUCCUUGAAGAUGCCUUUCAUGUGACCGCAACCGAGAUCAAUGUGACGGUGACCGUAUUUAUGGUGGUGUUUGCCUUCGGGCCCCUCUUCUGGUCCAGCUUCGCCGACCGUGGGGGCAGACGGCCGCUCUACCUGUCUUCACUCCUGGUCUACAUUGCGGCUAACAUCUUGCUGGCCGUGAUCCCGGCCAACUAUGGAGCUCUCAUCGUUCUGCGCAUCGUUCAGGCGUUUGGAUCAGCCGCGGUGGUCUCACUGGGCGCAGGAACAGUCGCAGAUAUCACCGAGCCUAAAAAGCGCGGACGGGCGAUGUCGUACUUUCUCUUCGGCCCGCAGUGUGGGCCAAUCUUCGGACCCUUGAUCGGCGGCGCCAUAGCGGGGAAUACCUCGUGGAGAUGGAUCUUUGGGUUCCUGGCCAUCUCCGGCGCCGUCUUGUGGCUGGCCCUACUCUUCUUCCUCCCUGAAACCCUACGAGCCCGCGUCGGCAACGGCGGCCUCUACGCUGACAAAAGUUGGCUCCUUUGGCCGCCGCGCUGGAUAUCUCCGGAAGCAGAGGAGAGCGCACGGGGCCUCUUGCCACCGAAGCCCACUCUGCACGGCUACUGGAGACUGUUCUCCUACCCCCCGAUCGGUAUCGCAUGCGUCAACACAGCGCUGCUCUACUCCUCCUACUUCUGUAUUGCCAUCCAGCUGCCCUCCGCUCUGGAGGGCGUCUACGGCUGGUCCACCAGCGCCGUCGGCGCGGGCUAUGCCGUUGUCGGUGUCGCCAUGAUCAUCGGCUCCAUGGCCGGCGGUCGCUUCUCCGACUGGCAGCGCACGCGUCUCGAGCAGAAGUUGGGUGCCCAGCGCAUCACGCCCGAGAUGCGUCUUAAUGACCAGAUCUGGGGGCUCGGAGUCGCUUCAGUCGGGCUGAUCUGGUUUGGCUUCUUCGUGCGCUACUCCAUUCAUCCGGCGGCGACUCUGAUUGCGACUUUCCUAGUUGGAUCCGGCAUGUCGUGGAUGUUCGUCGCCUCCAACAGCUUCCUUACGCUUUGCGUGGCUCAGCAGGCCGCGGGGGCGUUCGCGUUGGGUAACAUGCUGCGCAGUCCCGGCGCGGCGGUCGCGGCGGUGGUGGUGGGCCCGCUCGUCCAGCAAAUGGGCUGGGGUUACUGUUUCCUGGGAUUGGCGUUGCUGGACCUCCUGGCUGUUGGGUCGAUGCUCGUCGUGCUGCGGACGCAGUCGCCGCGGUGGCGGCGGGAGAGGAAUGCGAGGAAUGCGAAGACACAGAGGCCAGGCCAGUAG